AAAGCGAUAGCACUACAAUAGAAGGUAUAAUAGCAUCAGAAUUUUAUUUAUUUUAUACAAAUUUUACUAAAGACAAGGGGGAUGAAGCGUGCAUUCGCACAGAAUAUGGCAAGAAUCUUUACUAAUAACCCGCAAUAUAUACACACCGUCGUAGACAUCUCACGAUGCCAACGGCAACACGUGCAGGCGUCUUUGGUGGUGAAGAAGAGGGUGCGGGCACAAAUGCGUAACAAUAAGGGGGCCAACCCCAGUCUAUGUCCCAAGAAGGCUUUGAAUCAGGCCAAGCAGGCUGGGGAACAGGCCAAGAAGGAUGUGCAAGUAGCAAGGCCAUCCACUACCUCUGGCAAGGUUGAAGACACGGAGGGUGACGAACACUGA